AGACACACCCCUGAAAUAUUUUCCCCCGCAUACAUGUCCGUAGCAACGUCCUAGCAACCGUUUUACAGGCGGAAUGUUUGGCCCUAUUCCAUACAAACGAUUUGAAAACACGCUCCAUUCGACCUUUUAGACCCUAGCACAUGGCCCAGUAGUGGCCCCCGUCUUUGUCCGGUGAAGUUAGCCCAAGCGGUUUUUGAGUAACACGCGUCCAUUCCGCAGCGGAGUUGUUCGUAUUAGACGCCGGUUUUCUACCCACGUGAAGUUUUUCCUGCGCUUUUGCCUGUACUGCGAGAACGUCUAAUCCCAUCUCUGGAAGGGACAGUUCAAGUCAAGACGGUGCAUUUUUUCUGUGGGACAAGACGUGCUCGGUAAGUGCACUAUGUACGUAAUGUUUGUCGGACUCAGCAACUCUUCCUCUUUGACUGGGGGCUGUAGGAUGUUCAGUUUUGUGGCCGUUUGCAGCAUGUGUUGGUGCAUGAUGUAAUUCAGUCGCUGCAGUGGAUCCUUGAUUCAUCUGUAGGAGUUCUCCAUGUGGUGGAAGUGUGUUUGGCUCAUUGUUCUCCCAUCAAUCCCGAGCCACACCUCCAUUGCCUCAGCCACGGAAGCACGUGAUCCUCUAGGAGAUGCAUUUUUGGUAUCACUGUUGCAUGGGGGAAUGAGGUCCUGUAGUGGCCCAGGAACUGGCUGGUGACAUCAGCACUUCCAUGCACACAGGACACAUGAGAGACGGGGCAUGCUUCCGUCAUGUGGGGUGUCCAGUUGAAUAAUUCCAGAGUUGCUAUUACAGAAAUGUGUGGGGUGCUGUUUGAUGUCAUCUCUCUCAACCUCAAUACCAAAAGCACUUCUCAGUUCUUCUCUGUGACUGGUGCACAAGAAAGAGGUGGACCUGCUCUUUGCCUGCUGAAGCCUCCCUGCACACACCCUACAAUGCUUUCCUAGUAACUCUGUGUGGUUCUCUGCUGUUUCUUCCAUACUUUACUGUUUUAUAAUAAUGUAUAAUCAUUGGUCC